UCGCCUGUGGUGUUUUUAGAGUAAGAGUGGUGGGCAAACGGCCAGGGAAUAUGGUUCUAGCUUUUAUUUUGUUCUCGUUGUGCUUGUGGCAUCUGGUUGGUGUGUUUGGUGAUGAUGCAGAUGAAGUGAAGUCAGUGUCAGUGAUGAAGGGAGAUUCUGUCACGCUAAACAUUGAUGUUACUGAAGUACAUAAAUACUUGUUGAUUCAAUGGGCAUUUGGAAGCACACGAAUAGCUGAAUUCAACAGACUCACGCAAACCAACUCAACGUAUGAUGGUCCUGAUGAGAGAUUCAGAGACAGACUGAAACUGGAUCAAACCGGAUCUCUGACCAUCACAAACACCACAACCACAGACUCUGGACUUUAUCAACUAACAAUUGUCAGCAGAGGGUCAAGUUACAUUAAUUUCAAUCUUACAGUUUAUGAUGUGACAAAUGAAGUGAAGUCAGUGUCAGUGAUGAAGGGAGAUUCUGUCACUCUAAACACUGAUGUUACUGAAUCACAUAAAUAUUUGUUGAUACAGUGGACGUUCGGAGGCACUCGAAUAGCUGAAGUCAGCAGGCUCAUGCAAACCAGCUCUACAUAUGAUGAGAGAUUCAGAGACAGACUGAAAGUGGAUCAGACCGGAUCUCUGACCAUCACAAACACCAGAACCACAGACUCUGGACUUUAUCAACUAACAAUUGUCAGCAGAGAGACCAGCUACAUGAGUUUUAAUGUUAAAGUCUUAGUGACUCCACAAUAUUCUUCAUCAUCAGAAAGAUCAUCAAGCUCAAACUGUGUGUCGUCCAGCUCUGCUGUGAACAAUUCCACCAUCAACCAGACUGAGGAUGCCAACAUUACUGAUCUCUAUCAGCCAAGUUCAGAUCACAUCCACUGUUGUGGUUUUACUGAAGCUGUGAUCCGAUUGGUCGUCUCUGCUCUGGUGGGUGUGGCUACUGUUGCUGUGCUGGUUUAUGACAUCAGAUCUACAAGAAGUGAGCUGAUCAGAACAAACAAUACCAGACAUCACCAUCAGACUCAUCAAAUAAAUCAGACCAACAGUGUGAAUUGAGCAGAAGGUUUAGUUCCAGAUAUAUCAAUAUAUAAAGCAUAACAUAUACUAAUGCUUAUUAAAGCUCUGCACAUUUCCUGUUCCUUGCACAGCUAUUUAUUGACAUAUCAUUUUUACAUUCUUUGAUUAAUUUGAUCUAUUAAAUACAUCACUCUAAUUAAUUACUAAAUAUAAUUACUGUAAGCAAAAUAAUAACUAGCAACACAAAUAAUGGCAUAGAAUGAUCUCAUAAGCUCAAUCAGAGGUGACUGAUCUGCAUUUUUGGUGACUUUUAAUAAAAAUU